AUGGACGGGUCCGAAAGUCAAUCCAAAUCGAUCAGCCAAGACUCCGAUCCGCCCACGGCCCACCACUUCCAAAACGUCGUUGUCAUGCGCCACGGCGACCGCAUCGACAACUUCGAGCCCCUGUGGACAUCGCAAUCACCCAGGCCGUGGGACCCGCCUCUGAUCGAAGAGGGCAAGCUCCGGGCCUUCUGCACGGGUACCAAACUCCGAUCGGAUCUCGGGUAUCCAAUACACCGCGUCUUGGUCUCGCCAUUCGUGCGAUGCGUCGAGACUGCCGUCCAAGUCGUCACCGCCCUUUCCGCCACCGAAGGCCCUUCUCUCUCCAAAUACGAGAGCGACCAGCCCGUCCCCGUCGACCCUUCUAAGCUUAAGGUCUCAAUUGAAUAUGGGUUAUGCGAGAUGCUAAACAAAGAGGCGAUUCACGGUGAUUUGGCUCCAAAAGAUGAGCAAUGGGAUUUCAACAUACCAGACCUUGAGGCUAUGUUCCCGGCUGGGACAGUUGAUCAAACUGCGAAACGAGUGUACAAAGAGUUGCCCCAUUGGGGAGAGAGCGUGGCGGGUGCGCGUGCUAGAUAUGCUCAGGUCAUUGAGGCCCUUGCUGAUAAAUACCCUGCAGAAAACUUGCUCCUUGUCACUCAUGGUGAAGGAGUUGGUUCUUCAGUUUCCGCAUUCCUGGAGGGCGCAACAGUAUAUGAAGUAGAAUACUGUGCAUAUUCAGAACUAAGAAGGCCCAUCAAAGACCAGUCAUCAGCUGCAGGAAAGUUUGAGGUAAUCGGAAAUCGUGGCCGGACUGGGGUAAGUUACUCACUCCUCGCCUCAGGAACAGAUGAUUGACACUGAAUAUUAGAGUACAAGACAACAGCGUAAUAAUCGCCUUCUUUUUAGCACACUUGACUGCAUUUAUACGCCAAAAUUCCUGUUACUGGAGAGAUCAUUCCGGGAUUCACUGGAUUUACAUAUUGAUCAGACAAUAGUUUUCUUUACUUGUUUUCGCAACUUCAGAUUCCCAUGUACUUGCUGCUAGACCAUGAAGGGUCCGGUUAGAAAGGAACAAAACCACUGCUUCCCUUGUAUCAGAACCAGAAUGAUCAAAUUCCGGUUUAAACACUGACAAAAGAAAUUGAAUUGAAUUAUCAUAAGUGAUUUCAUUGCUACUA